AUGGAUCAGCUCGCACGGUGGCAGGAAUUUUUACAAGAUUUCGACUUUGAGUGUCAAUAUCGUCCCGGUCAUAAACACGGGAAUGCUGACGCUUUCUCACGUUUUCCCGACACGCAACCACCAGAUCUCGACCCCAACACCGCGUCAGUCAAUGCGAUCACGAUGUCCGAAUCCACUCGUCACGUCUGGUCGUCGGCUCAGCAGACUGACCCUGACACGGCUAUAAUUUAUAACCACCUAUCCCAACACAUCAAUAAACCUACUGAGGCGGACAUGAGAGGCGCUAGUCAAAACGCACGCCUCCUUUGGCACCAGUGGCCCCACCUCCUAAUCGACAACGAUAUCCUCUUUUUCCGCGACCCCUCCUCAAAACAACUGCGCCCAGUAGUGCCAGGAUGUUUGAUCGACAGUGUACUGUCUGACCUCCACACAGAAUUGGGGCAUUGCGGCCAACGACGCACCGAACUAGCAGCCCGUGCACGAUUUUGGUGGCCCCAACUCCGUUCCUCUGUCCUCCAUUUUUGUCAAUCCUGUACCACUUGCAACCUGUUCAAGUCACCAAACCCCUUUCCACGUGCUCCCAUGCAACCCAUGAUCACGGGUUUCCCCGGCGAACGCGUCGGUUUAGACAUUAUUGGCCCUCUACCGAUAUCAGUCCGUGGAUAUGAAUAUAUCCUUGUUAUGGUAGAUUACUUUACAAAAUGGGUCGAAGCAGUACCUUUACUCCGCCAAGAUGCCACAUCUGUCGCAAACGCUAUUAACCGCACGUGGGUUUGUCGUUGGGGAGCACCCAUAUCUUUCCACUCCGACUGCGGUAGCAAUUUUGACUCCCAGCUCUUCCGGGAAGUGUGCAGCCUCCUGGACAUACAUAAAACACGCACGACACCAUACCACCCCGAAGGUAAUGGCCUUGUCGAGCGCACCAACCGCACCAUUCACAAUCUCCUUCUUGCGUUUACGAAAGACAGCCACGAACAUGACUGGGACGUACAACUCCCAUUCUGCCUCUUAGCCUAUAGGAGUUCAGUCCACUCGUCGACUGGCUUCACACCCCAUUACCUCUGGACAGGUCGCGAGAUACGCCUCCCCGCAGAUCUUCAAUACCCCCUACAUACCCCUGACCCCACGACCAUAUCGACCUACGCCUCCCGUCUUCGCGAAACGAUACGUACCGCAUACAACUCAGCACGCGAAACAAUCGGUACGUCAUCCUCACAUCAAAAAACACAACACGACCGCCAUUCGACUGGCACUACACAUCAAGUGGGCGAUUUAGUCAUGCACCACAACCCCGUACCACCACGCGGCAUUUCAGCCAAACUCCACUAUCCCUGGCAAGGUCCGUUCGUUAUCAUCGAUGUUUUGUCACCCUCGAACUACCUCCUCCGCGAUGCCUCGCAACCCCACUCCCCCACCUUUACAGCUAACUUUAACAAACUCAAACCCUACCGCGGUCGAUUACCCCUUUGCACAUCAGACUCCCUACCCAUCCUUCCAGACGACCAAGUCCCCCCCGUAGCCAUCGAGGUCACAGUUCCCUCAGCCAUCGAGACCACUAUCCCUUCCCCCCGCGACCAUAGCAGCACUGAGGACAGUGCUGCAUCCUAA